UGGAGUGCAUUUUUAUCAACGCAAGGACUGCCCAGGCUAGAGAGAUGGAAGGAUCCAUAUGAUCCAUCACUUCUGAUCCAACCUUUCAGAAGCAAAGAAUGGAACGCGCCGAGCUGGGCUGUGCUGCGUCAGCCUUGGAUUGGACGCCUGAGACCGGCUCGCAAAUGACCCACUGUCGUAUUCAGGCGUCAUCAUCUAACAAGAAGCAGUAUAACAAUAGUCCUAGACUCCUGUCAGUCUCGGAUACCGAAAUGAUAUCUAUCACAGCUUACAGUCAAUUUGAUCGUAUUAGUCCUAAUCCUUCUUCAACAGCUGUGUGGCACCAAUAUCUAGUUGCACUAAACCAAUGCCGAAUGAAUUAGGGUGUAAGUCAACAUCUUAGGGUCGCAUACCAGACACCCCCGAUCUCAAUACUGCACUAUGAUUUGUGCAGUAAUCAGAGACGAAAUGCUGUAAUGAACAUAAGGCUCCAUUUCCGACGAUCAUUCUCCAGCGAUCUCGGCCGU